AUCUUCUCCGAUAUUCUAAACCCUGAGAAUGGUCACAAAUUCUCUAACUCUCUCUCUCUCUCUCUAGUAGAAAACAUGGAGAUAUCAGUUGCAUCGGUAACAGUUUCUGUAGCUGUAGUUGUUGUGUCGUGGUGGGUAUGGAGAACUUUACAGUGGGUUUGGUUUAAACCAAAGAUGCUUGAGAGUUACCUGAGAAGACAAGGUCUUGCUGGAACUCCUUACACGCCUCUUGUCGGUGAUUUGAAGAAGAAUUUUAGCAUGCGGGCUGAGGCAAGAUCCAAACCCAUCAACCUAACGGAUGAUAUCACACCACGUAUCGUACCUUAUCCGUUGCAAAUGCUCAAGACUCAUGGGAGGACUUUCUUUACAUGGUUUGGAGCCAUACCAACAAUCACCAUAAUGGAUCCUGAGCAAAUCACAGAAGUGCUCAACAAAGUUUAUGAUUUCCAGAAGGCACAUACGUUUCCUCUGGGCAGAUUAAUAGCCACUGGAGUCCUUAGUUAUGAUGGUGAUAAAUGGGCGAAACACCGAAGAAUCAUCAACCCGGCUUUCCACCUUGAGAAGAUCAAGAAUAUGGUACCUGCGUUCCACCAGAGCUGCAGCGAGAUUGUUUGCAAAUGGGACAAGUUAGUGUCGGAUAAAGAGUCAUCAUGUGAGGUAGAUGUUUGGCCUGGGCUUGUGAGUAUGACUGCAGAUGUGAUCUCCCGUACUGCUUUUGGCAGCAGCUGCGUAGAAGGGCAGAGGAUAUUUGAGCUCCAAGCAGAACUAGCACAGCUCAUCAUUCAAACGGUUAGGAAAGCUUUCAUCCCUGGAUAUAGUUAUCUCCCAACAAAAGGUAACAGAAGGAUGAAAGCAAAAGCAAGAGAAAUCCAAGUUAUACUGAGAGGGAUCGUUAACAAAAGGUUAAGGGCCAGAGAAGCUGGUGAAGCACCAAACGACGAUUUACUGGGAAUACUUCUUGAAUCGAAUUUGGGGCAAACGAAAGGAAACGGAAUGAGUACCGAGGAUCUGAUGGAGGAGUGCAAGUUGUUCUAUUUCGUCGGGCAAGAGACAACAUCAGUACUUCUGGUUUGGACAAUGGUUCUGUUAAGUCAACACCAAGAUUGGCAGGCUCGUGCACGAGAAGAAGUGAAGCAAGUGUUUGGCGAUAAAGAACCUGAUGCAGAAGGACUCAACCAGCUCAAAGUUAUGACGAUGAUAUUAUAUGAGGUCCUUAGGCUAUAUCCUCCAAUACCUCAGCUGAGCAGAGCCAUUCACAAAGAGAUGGAGCUUGGAGAUCUGACACUACCAGGCGGCGUUCUGAUCAAUCUACCUAUCCUUCUAGUCCAACGCGACACGGAGCUGUGGGGAAACGAUGCAGGAGAGUUCAAGCCAGAUAGAUUCAAAGACGGUCUCUCAAAGGCAACAAAGAACCAAGCCUCCUUCUUUCCUUUUGCGUGGGGAUCGAGGAUCUGCAUUGGCCAGAAUUUUGCAUUGCUUGAGGCAAAGAUGGCAAUGGCAUUGAUACUCCAGAGAUUCUCCUUUGAGCUUUCUCCUUCCUAUGUUCACGCACCUUACACAGUCUUCACCAUUCACCCACAGUUCGGUGCUCCUCUUAUCAUGCACAAGCUCUAAUCGUUCGUAGCAACCCAUUUUGUUGUUAUCAAAUAUACUUUCCAUUCACAGAUGAAACAAUUCCAUAUCAGUCUACCUAUAAUGCUAGUCCAACGCGACACCAUGAUGUGGGAAUUCAAGCCUGAGAGAUUCAAAGACGGUCUUUCAAAGGCAACAAAGAGCCACGUCUCCUUCUUUCCAUUUGCAUGGGGACCGAAGAUAUGCAUCGGCCAGAAUUUUGCCAUGUUGGAGGCAAAGAUGGCAAUGGCGUUGAUUCUACAGAGAUUCUCCUUCGAGCUUUCUCCUUCCUAUGUUCAUGCGCCUCAAAUAGUCGUCACCAUUCACCCACAGUUCGGUGCACAUCUUAUCCUGCGCAAGCUGUAAUUCUAGAAUCCCAUGUGCUCUUGUCAGAUAAACAGAGGAAAAUAAACCAGAUCAUAGUAUAAAACUCAAAUCUUUUUAUUAAUUGAAUUCAGAACUUUGUGCUCACAUAUGUCUUGACAAACCAAAAUAUUUCCAAGAAAAAGAGUGAAACGCAUGGACCAAUAUA